AAACUAGCUAUAGUUUUAAAGGGCGGAACUCUAUUUAUAUCGAAAAAUAAACAAACAUUGUAUUUUUAAUAUACAAUCUUAUUGAGAAGACAAUUCUUUAAACUUUAGGGGAUCCAAAAUGUCAGACAAGUCAAGUCUUUUAACAAGUAUGGAAAUGUCAGUAAAAAAGAGGGACGAUGCAACUAAGGAUCUAUACUUUGAAGAUGGUGAAAGAGUUAUUGAUUAUGUUUUAGCUUACGAGAUCGUUGAAAACGAAGCUCCAGAAAUAGCAAAAAAAAAAGCUGAUUGGAGAAAAACAUACUUGGAAAAUAUAAUAAACGAAGGACUAGAGAUUGAAGAAACUAUAUCCCCUAAAAAUAAUAAUAAAGAAGAAUAUGGUACAUUUGGAGAAACCAAAAAGGAAGAUGUUAUUCGCUUUGUCAAAGUACAUGCGCCAUUUGAUAUUUUAUGUGAAUAUGCUGAAGAUUUAAAAAUGAAAAUGCCCAUAAAAGAUUAUGAUAUAAAUAUCAAUGAAUGGUACCAUGGAAAAUUGCACAGCAUGAUUGAAAAUAUUGAUCCAUUUGUAAUUCGUGAUAAGCAUACACGUGAUGAGAAAAAAUUCUUUGUUAAAGUUUUUGACCAAGACCAACUAUCACAAUUUAUUUACAGUGAUAAACCGUUUUUUUUUUCCACCAUUGAAAGAAGAAGAAUAGUUUAUUCCAUUCUUGAAAAAACUCAUUAUGAUAAAGGAGAAUUAGAUUUAGGUAUAGAUAAUCUUCAAGCAAACGGUAUCUUUCUUGAUAUCUAUCCAUUGCACAGUGGACCAGUAAAAAAAAAUGCAAAAGAUACCCCAAUAAAUGAUCGUCAAUUUUUACAAGAAGAUUGGGCAAGUUUGAAACGUAUUUUUAAAUACCAACCUAUUGAGGCCAUUCGAAGUUAUUUUGGUGAAAAAGUUGCACUAUAUUUUGCAUGGCUUGGCUUAUACACAACAUUUCUUGUCCCAGCUGCGAUUGUUGGUUUUUUUUGUUUUUUGUAUGGUGUGAUUUCAACAUAUGAUUCUCCCAUUGUUAAAGAAGUUUGUAAUCCAAACAAUCAGACAGAUGGCACAUAUAAAUUUUACAUGUGUCCCUUGUGUGAUAAAAUUUGCUCUUAUUAUUUGCUUCAUAGUCAAGGUUGCAUUUAUUCUAAAAUUACUCAUUUCUUUGAUAAUGACUCCACUUUGUUUUUUGCUGUAUUUAUGUCUCUUUGGGCUACCAUAUACUUAGAGUUUUGGAAGCGCAAAGAAAUAUCCCUCGCCUAUGAAUGGCAUACUAUGGAUUUUGAAGAAGAAGAAGAGCGUCCUAGACCAGAAUACCUUGCAAAAGUCACAAGGCUUAAAAAAAACCCAGUUACUAUGAAAAUGGAGCCUUACAUGCCAACAACUCAAAGAUAUACUCGCCUUUUUGGUGCUUUUGGAGUUGUCUUGUUUUUUAUGGUUUUAGUUCUUAGUGCUGUUGUUGGUGUUAUUAUUUUUCGAGCUGCGUUUUAUAUUUUUCUUAUUGGUCAACGUAAUGAAACUGUUCGAAGUCGCUCUAAAAUGGUUGUUUCUGCUUGUGCUGCUUGUGUUAACUUAGUUGCUAUAAAUCUUUUAAAGUUUGUUUACCAGAGAAUUGCAGUCAAGUUGACUAAUUGGGAGAACCCACGGACAGCAACAGACUACGAAGAUAGCUUUACAAUUAAAAUGUUUUGGUUUCAGUUUGUCAACACAUAUGCUUCAAUUUUUUAUGUAGCUUUUUUCAAAAGUGAAUUUUUUGUUGGCAGUCCUGGAAAUUACAAGAGGUUUACUAAUCAGAAAUUUCGUUUUGAUGGUUGUUCUGUUCAAGGAUGUUUUCUUGAGUUGACUAUUCAACUUGUGAUUAUCAUGGUUGGACAACAAAUAAUUGGAAAUACCAUGGAAAUUUUAAUUCCGUUUUUGAAAAACAAAUAUCGAAACUGGAGGUAUGAAAAACUUACUUCAUAUACAGCAACUGAUGAACCUCAAUGGGUUACUGAUUUUGAAGGCGAAAUGCAGACUAAGUUCUCUUUGUUUUGGCAAUACUUAGAAAUAGUUCUUCAGUUUGGCUUUGUUACAAUGUUUGUGGCUGCGUUCCCAUUGGCUCCAUUGGUAGCUCUUUUGAACAAUAUUAUUGAAAUAAGAUUGGAUGCUGUUAAUUUUAUACAUAAUUUCCGACGAACACAUCCAAGUCCAGCAGAAGAUAUUGGUGCAUGGUAUGGAAUCUUGGCUACUUUAACAAUGUUUUCGACAAUUGUUAAUGCAUUUGUGCUUGCAUUCACUUCAGAACUUAUACCACGUUUAGUGUGGAUUUAUUAUAAAUCUCCUGAUGGUAAGUUAGAUGGUUUUACGGACUGGUCAAUGUCAAAGUUUAGAGUGGCUGACUUCUCAAAUGAUUCUAUGCCUGAAAGUCCAACAAAGAAUGGUAUAAAACAACAAGAAUAUUGCAGAUAUCCUGGUUUUCAUGAAGAUACUUUUCCAUACAGAUAUAGCCGUGACUAUUGGGUUGUUCUCACUGCUCGUCUUGCCUUUGUAAUUGCCUUUCAAGCAUUUGUUCUUACAGUUAAAGAAACAGUUGCAUAUUUAAUUCCUGAUGUUCCAAAAUCUUUGGAAUUAAAAAUUAAACGUGAGAAAUAUUUGGCUGAGCAGCACGAUCGUGUUCACAAAGAAAAAGUAGGGAAGCGUAAACCGAAAACAUUAGGAUUGACUGAUUCAAUAAAUAAUUCGACCCAACAAAACUAUGACGAACGUUUAGAGCCAGCAAUGUCGCCUAUGGUUUAGUUAAGUUUAAUUUUAAGUAUUUGAGACAAAAAUUUU